GGGAUUUAGGUACUCAGCACUAGAAACUCCUCAAACGUAUCUACGAAAUCAGUCUCUCUUGGGCUCUUUCCUUUGAUCAUGGCUUCGCUCGGUGCUAAGUUCUCACUGAAAUCUCUGAUUCCCGGUGCUGGUGAGGGUGAGCACAACCCUCUCACCAUGUCCGACGAUCAGAUUUUGGAAGAGAUCAUCUCAACCCAUGUCCACAGCGACACUAAGCUCGACGUUGGCCCUCUUUUCUCCCUCGUCGACAACACCCUAACUCGCUCUACCCACAUUGUUGACAGUGUUGUCCAGGGUUCCCAAGUGAGCUUGGAGCACAUUGAUGACAAAAGCACCCAAGCCAAUUUCUCCUCACCCCUCUGCACUCUCAGGCAAAUUUCUUCAGAGAUGCAAUGCAAGCCUCCUGGCGAGCAAGUAGCUCACAAGACUACGAUGGCGAUUCUGAACAAGCUUUCACACUAUGAGUGGGACGCAAAAGCUGUGCUUACUCUGGCUGCUUUUGCUAUGGAAUAUGGUGAGCUCUGGCUUCUUGCUCAGCUUCAGCCCACCGAUUUACUGGCGAAAUCGGUGGCGAUGCUGAAGCGAGUUCCCGUGCUCACCAAGCCCGCCUCCCUCCAGAAGCACCGCCAGGCCAUCGUUGAGCUCAACAGUCUAAUCAAGAGCACCUUGCUAGUCAUCGAGCUCAUCUUCGAGCUCGAGCAACUAUCCUCGUACGACACCAAGGAUGUCCCCGCUUUGGUCACUGCCACUGAAAAUAUCCCGCUCGAUGUCUACUGGGCCAUCAUCACCAUUGUCGCCAUCGUCACUCAGCUAGACUGCCUUACAACCGAGUCAGAGCACAGGCAAGAACUGUCCCACUAUGGUCAGAAGAUUAACAUCAUUCUCAGCAAGCUGAGGAAUCAGAUCUCACAGUGCAGGCAACAGAUAGAGGUGACGAAAAUGUAUUACAAGAUCAGGAAGACGAUGCAAACUCCGACGGAGACCAUGGAGGUGCUCAAGCUCCUCAUUUUCUCGUCAGAUGUUUCAAAGCCGUUGUACGACGGUUCCUCUAAAACAACGGUGAGUAUCGAUGUGUUGAAAAAGAAGAACGUGUACUUGUUCGUUUCGACACUGGACAUCACGGAGGAAGAACUAUCCGUGGUGUUGAAAAUCCACGAGUCGAUCAAGACGAAGAAUCAGACGGAGCAGUACAAGAUCGUGUGGGUUCCGAUCGUGGAGGAAUGGACAGAGCAGCUGCGCAAGAAGUUCGAGCUUCUAAAAACCAAGAUGCCAUUCUUCGUGGUGGAGCACUUUGGAAGUGUGGCCGGGUUCAAGUACAUCAAGGAAGAAUGGCAGUUCAAGAAGAAGCCCAUGGUGGUGACCAUGAACCAUCAAGGCAAGAUUCUGCACCCCAACGCCUUCCAUUUGGUCCAGGCCUGGGGUUUCAAGGCCUUUCCCUUCACCAAGACCCAGGAAGAAGAAAUUCACACGAGUCGCCAGUGGGUCGCACCCAUUGUGUCCCAAAUUCACCCCAGCAUUUCUACAUGGAUAAAGGAGGAGAAAUACAUCUUCUUCUACGGUGGUCACGACAAGGAAUGGGUCCAACAGUUCGCUAAGUACGCCACGGCCAUGGUCAACGAUGCCUUGCUGAAGGAGAAGAAGAUCUUGAUUGAGCUGUUCCACGUGGAGAAGGAAAACAAGAACAUCUUCAGCAGCUUCUGGAGCGGUAUAGAGAGCCUGUUCGUGACCAAGGUGCACAAGACGGUGGACGACGACGUGACCAAGGAAGUGCAGAAGAUGCUGUCAUACAAGAACGAGACCGGGUGGGCUCUCAUGAGCAAAGGGUCGGAGGUGAUUCUGACCGGACACGGAACCACGAUCUUGAAGACGGUGGCUGAGUACGAGAAGUGGAAGGAGUUCAUAGUUAGCAAGGGAUUCGAAUGGUCGUUCAAGGAGUACCAUGACAAGGCAGCCAAUGUCCCCCACCGCUGCUCCCACCUCGAGAUUCCUAACGUCGCCGGGAAGAUGCCGGAGAGAAUCAGGUGCCCAGAGUGUCCCAAAACUAUGGAGAUUUUCAUCACCUACAAGUGCUGCCACGAGGAGGCCACUUCCAAUGCUGCCCGUUGAAAUUGAAGCUUGAGGUUUUAAGAGCUGCUAUGUUAUUGGUGAGGCGUGAGUGUUUGGGGGAUUAUGGAGAGCUUGAUCUAGCAUCAGUCUGAGGGGGGACUCUGCUUUUUCGCGUAAUUUACUAAUAAUGUAACGUAAUAAAAAUGAACGUGUCUUUUGUGGUUUCUUUUCGAGUGCUGGUGACGGAUAGCUGAGUAGUCAGUCAGUUGUCUUGCGUCGCCAGACCUGGACUUGUACCCUCCUUUAAGCUAUGGCAAUGUAUUAUGUAUCUUAACGCGUA